AUGGAAGAGUCCCAACCACCACCACCACCACCACCACCACAAUCUCCAGUUUCUCCGAUGACAAUCGACGGUGCCGACAACGACAUAAUAUUCGCUAACUCGGCCGUGUUAUCUAGGCGCGAGGUUCUGACUCGCCGACUCCGCCGAGUCAAGCAACUCACUCGCUUUUACCGGCGUCACUACUGGGCUCUAAUGGAUGAGGUUAAAGCUAAGUACAGAGACUAUUACUGGAUUUAUGGGAAGAGUCCUUUCAAAGAAGAUGAAGAAAACCCAAACGGUGUCGUUUUGGGCGAAACGGCAAAUGAAAAUGGUUCUGCUGUUGGUGAUGAUUUCGUUCGUUGCGCUUAUAGUGGAUGCAAGACUAAGGCUAUGGCUCUUACUAGGUUUUGUCAUGCGCAUAUUUUGUCUGAUUCGAAGCAGAAGCUUUACCGGGGAUGCACCGCCGUGGCUAAAAACUUGCCAACAGGGCCAUCCUAUUGCAAUAAGCCAGUGUUGAGGUCCAUGGUUCCUUGUGCAUGCCCUGCUCAUUACCAAUUAGGUGAAAAGUGCUUGCUUCGUGCAGUAAAAAGGGCAGGUUAUAAUAUCUCAGUUAAUGGUAAGCCUAGUCCAAAUUUCCAUGAAUUAGUUCCUGAGUUUGUCCGCCAAAUUCAAAAUAGACGAAGAGCUGCUCGUAGGGCAAUGCUACCUAAGCCUGAGACUGAAUAA